CUAAAUCCAGAUGAUCCAAAUGUUUGUAGUCAUUGGGAAAGCUAUGCUGUGACAGUCCAGGAAUCUUACGCUCAUCCUUUUGAUCAGAUCUAUUACACAAGAUGUACUGACAUACUGAACUGGUUCAAGUGCACUAGACAUAGAAUAAGUUAUAAAACAGCAUAUCGAAGAGGACUGAGAACUAUGUAUCGGCGAAGAUCUCAGUGCUGCCCUGGAUAUUACGAAAGUGGAGACUACUGCAUACCGCUCUGCACAGAGGAGUGUGUGCAUGGAAGAUGUGUUUCCCCUGACACGUGUCACUGUGAACCAGGCUGGGGAGGUACCGAUUGCUCUAGCGGUUGCGACAGCGAGCACUGGGGCCCCCACUGCAGCAACCGCUGCCAGUGCCAGAACGAGGCUCUCUGCAACCCCAUCACGGGCGCCUGCGUCUGCGCCGACGGGUACCAAGGCUGGCGAUGCGAGGAGCUCUGCGAGCCCGGCACCUACGGCAAGGGCUGCCAGUUCCAGUGCCAGUGUCACAACGGAGCCACCUGCGACCACAGAACGGGAGAGUGCCACUGCGCCCCCGGAUACACGGGAGUCUUUUGUGAAGAGCGCUGUCCCCCAGGCAGUCACGGAGCUCAGUGUGAGUUGCGCUGCCCUUGCCAGAACGGCGGAGUCUGCCACCACAUCACUGGAGAGUGCUCCUGUCCCCCUGGAUGGAUGGGGCUGGUGUGUGCACAGCCAUGUCCUUCUGGAACGUUUGGAAUUAACUGCAGCCAGGACUGUCCGUGCCACAACGGAGGACACUGUGAUCCCGUGACAGGAAAAUGCAUCUGUACAGCUGGCUAUGUAGGAGACAGGUGUCAAGAAGAGUGUCCUAUCGGGACAUACGGCUUCCAGUGCACGCAGAGAUGUGACUGCCAAAACGGUGCAAAGUGUUACCAUGUGAAUGGAGCGUGUAUGUGUGACCCUGGAUUUAAAGGCAUUUUCUGCCAAGAAAGAAUGUGUCCAGAAGGAUUUUAUGGCCUCAAAUGCAACAAGAGAUGUCCUUGCAAUGUUACCAACACUCUCAGUUGCCAUCCAUUGUCUGGAGAAUGUAGCUGCAAAGCUGGUUGGGCUGGGCUCUACUGCAACGAAACCUGUCCCCUUGGAUACUACGGCGAAGGCUGCCAGCUGACCUGCCCGUGCCAGAACGGCGCGGAUUGCGACAGCAUCACGGGGAAGUGUGUGUGUGCCCCGGGAUAUAUGGGAGAUGACUGCACCAUUACCUGCAUGGCAGGAACCUACGGAACCAAUUGCUCGUCGGUUUGUAAUUGCAAAAACGAGGGUGCGUGUUCCCCUGUGGAUGGGCUCUGCUAUUGCAGAGAAGGGUGGCAAGGAGUGGAUUGCUCUAUUCCGUGCUCAAGCGGAAGCUGGGGGCUUAAUUGUAACGAGACGUGUUAUUGCACCAACGGAGCGGCUUGCAGGCCAGCUGAUGGCUUUUGUCUCUGCUCGCCAGGAUGGCAAGGGGAAUUCUGUGACCAGCCAUGUCCCGAUGGAACAUAUGGUCUUAAUUGCAGUGAACGUUGUGACUGUAGCCAUGCAGAUGGAUGUGAUCCUGUCACCGGUUACUGCUGCUGUCUUGCAGGCUGGACAGGCAUCCACUGUGACAACACGUGCGCCCAGGGCCGCUGGGGACCAAACUGCUCCAUCUCCUGCAACUGUGAGAACGGGGGAUCCUGCUCCCCAGAGGAUGGGACCUGUGACUGUGCACCAGGAUACAGAGGACCCUUGUGCCAGAGAAUUUGUCCCCCCGGCUUUUACGGACACCACUGCAGCCAGCCAUGCCCUCAGUGCGUGCACAGCAACGGGCCGUGUCACCACGUGUCAGGACACUGCGACUGCUUGCCUGGAUUCUUUGGCACUCUCUGCAACCAAGUCUGUCCCAGUGGAAAAUUCGGGAAGAACUGUGCCGAGGUCUGUCAGUGCACCGAGAACGGGACGUGCAAUCCUAUCGACGGGUCGUGCCAGUGUUUUCCGGGCUGGAUAGGGACGGACUGCUCUCAGACUUGUCCCGCUGGUUUUUGGGGCCCCGAUUGCUUUCAUUCAUGCAACUGCCACAACGGAGCAAUGUGCAGCCCUUACGAUGGAGAAUGUAGAUGUACUCAUGGUUGGACGGGGCUCUACUGCACUCAGCGUUGCCCAGCUGCUUUUUAUGGAAAAAACUGUGCCAACGUUUGUCAGUGUCAGAACGGAGCGGACUGUGACCACAUCACUGGCCAGUGCACGUGCAGGACUGGAUUUACAGGCAAACAAUGUGAGCAAAAGUGCUCACCAGGAACGUUUGGUUAUGGCUGCAAACAACUCUGUGAGUGCAUGAAUAAUGCCACGUGCGACCAUGUCACAGGUACUUGCUACUGCAGUCCGGGCUUCAAAGGAAUCCGAUGUGAUCAAGCGGCUCUUAUGAUGGAAGAAUUAAACCCCUAUACUAAAAUUAGCCCUGCUCUUGGAUCAGAGAGGCACUCAGUGGGAGCAAUCAUUGGAAUUAUUAUUCUCCUUCUAAUUAUUAUGGUCUUGCUGGCACUGUUUGUGUGGUAUCGACGGAAACAGAAGGAGAAAGGCCAUGACAUGCCAAGUGUAUCUUAUACUCCAGCCAUGAGGAUGACUAAUACAGAUUACUCACUUUCUGAUAUAUCUCAAGGUAGCGGCAGUGUACAUUGUUUUUCCAAUCCAAGCUACCACACUCUCUCAUGUGGUGUGACCUCACGCUUCUUUACCAGUAAUCUGGAUGGAAACAGCUCCAGUAAG